CCAGGCUCACACCCCACCUCUCACAUACUCACCUCUCCCUCCUGGUCUGCCACAUUAGUCCGCAUCUCUCAACACAUUCAGACACAGAGCUGAAGAUGUCCUGGACGUCUGCAGCCCUCUUGGCUCUCCUCGCUGUGCUUCUGGCACUUUCCUUGUCUCCAGAGGCCGACUCUGCAGCUGUGCCCAGCAGCAGCACAAGCCGCGCUAAACAUCCACGAGGUCCGCUGAGGAAGAUCUUCUUAAAGGAGGCAGAUGCCUCAAACUUCUUCAGGAGACGCAGCAGACGGGGAGCAAAGUCUCAGGAUGAGAUUAACGCUGAGCAGAGGCUGAUGCUAGCCGCAGAUGAACGAAAGAGAGAGUUCCACGAGGAGAAGAGGAACGAGUUUGAGAGCUACGCUGAAGAGGAGCAUGAUGAGCAAAACGAGAGGAGCAGAGAGAGCACCGAGCAGUGGAGGGAGUUUCACUACGACGGGAUGCAUCCCCCACACGAGUACAACCGUCAGUCCAUCUGAGACAGAGGGGAGAGGUGGUGCUGUAAGAGUUUAUAGGAACACCAGUGAGGCCUUUGUCCUCUGACGAUGACAGCAGAGACAUCAGCCACAGACUACUACAGCUAACUUUUGAAUUAAUAAACAAUAUGUAGAAAGGU